UUGAAUGAUGUUGAUCCCUUCUUUUAUUCUGUGGGAUGUGGGAUACUCAGUGUAUACGUACGGGUCUCUCUUCAUUAUUGCACUGGUUAUUUGGCAUGUGAAAAGAAGCCACCGAGGAUUACGGUUGGGACCUAACAAGAGCUGUGCCAAGUGUUUCCGAAGAAUCAAACAGAAGCCUAGCGAUAGAACGACAAGAGCUAAGAGGACAUCUAAGGAAGAAGCUGAGAAACUGCAGAAGCUGCUCUCUAUCAUGAAAAGCCAGGGCUGGCUCCCUCAAGAAGGAAGUGUGCGGCGGCUCCUGUGCCCAGAUCCCUCUUGCCCGAUCUGCAAUGCCAUGGCUCUGGAAAUCCAGCAGUUGCUGGGGGUUGAGGACAAAAAGAUCGCUUCCAGUCCACUGAGGACCUCGCGUACCUUUUCUUGCCUGGAGGCAUUGUCUCCGUCCAAAGUGAUGGUUGACCAGAGUUCAGAGCUCAGUUCCCAGUACUCCAGAGACAUUUCAUCAACAUCCAGGUUCACGCAGUCACAAUCAACUGAUCAGAAAUCAACUCAGUCGGCCACUCCAUCCACUGGAGGUGACGCUGUCCUCCAGUGUUACCACUCUGAGCCUCAGCCCCAGCAGGAACCUCAGGGGUCAAAUGCGUUCCAGGAUGCAAGCGGUCUGUCAUCUUCAAGUAUGGAUGGGCCUGGGGUGCCUGCAAACCAACAAAAGAAGAGGAAGAAAACCAAGAAACUUGUCUUGAAGAACCAAGCAGGGCCCCCAGAAGCUGAACUGGAAAACAAGAUGACGUUCUUUUCUCACUGGGUUAACCCUGAAGUGAAAUGUGACAGACCAGAAGAACCCAUUGUCCUUAAGUCAGAGACAGGGGCCAAACCCGAGACUGGAGAGACCAAGAAGAGCCACAGUUCUGCCAAAGACCGAGCAGAGAGACCCAGCGUGGAGAAGCCAAUAAAUGAUCUAAAAGCCAAGUCCCUUCGUGUUAAGAGGAACAUUUGACUUUCCUUGACUCCUACAGUGCCUGAACAGCUCCAGCAACACCC